UUUCGCUCACGAUCUCCCGAAGGCUCGGUUAUAUUCUCCCGAAUCGAUCGAUCUCUCCCCACGCUGGCCGCUCCUCUCUGACUCUAGCUACCGCCGCCGGCCUUCCCAGUCUCUCUCUCGCGCUCCCACCGGCUGCGAAGCGGAGCUUUGUUUCUCUGCCGCCUCGCCGCGCAGAGGCCAGCGCCUUCGGAGUGGGACCUGAGCACAGCCAGCCGCUACUGCGGUACUGCCGCCCCGCCACGUGGCCUCCCAAAACCCCUAUAAAUCCCCCAUUCAUUCGCCCAUCUCCGAUCACACAGCUCUCUGCUCCUCUCCACCCUCACUGCAGCAGAAAUCCCUUGGCCCCCCUUCUCUUCUCUCACCCUUCGUCUGAACUCCACUGAGGAGUCGAAGAAGAUGUUCAUCGAGAGCUUCCGGGUGGAGAGCCCGAACGUGCGGUACGGCGCGGGGGAGAUCGAGGCGGAGUACCGGUACGACACGACGGAGCUGGUGCACGAGAGCCACGACGGCGCCUCCAAGUGGGUCGUCCGCCCCAAGUCCGUCAACUACCACUUCAAGACCAACACAAACGUCCCCAAGCUCGGGGUGAUGCUUGUGGGAUGGGGCGGCAACAAUGGCUCUACGCUGAUGGCUGGGGUUAUCGCUAACAGAGAGGGGAUCUCAUGGGCAACCAAGGACAAGGUGCAGCAAGCCAACUACUUUGGCUCUCUCACCCAGGCUUCCACCAUCAGGGUUGGGAGCUACAACGGGGAGGAGAUCUAUGCGCCCUUCAAGAGCCUCCUGCCCAUGGUGAACCCAGAUGACCUUGUGUUCGGUGGCUGGGACAUUAGCAGCAUGAACCUGGCUGAUGCUAUGACCAGGGCCAAGGUGCUGGACAUUGACCUGCAGAAGCAGCUCAGGCCCUACAUGGAAUCCAUCGUGCCGCUUCCCGGCAUCUAUGACCCGGACUUCAUUGCUGCCAACCAGGGUUCCCGGGCUAACAAUGUCAUCAAGGGCACCAAGAAAGAGCAGAUGGAACAGAUUAUCAAGGACAUAAGGGAUUUCAAGGAGAAGAACAAAGUGGACAAGGUGGUGGUGCUGUGGACUGCAAACACUGAAAGGUACAGCAACGUCAGUGUUGGGCUCAAUGACACAAUGGAGAACCUCUUGGCGUCUGUGGACAAGAACGAGGCAGAGAUAUCUCCAUCAACACUGUAUGCAAUUGCCUGCGUCAUGGAGGGUGUACCGUUCAUCAAUGGGAGUCCUCAGAACACCUUUGUGCCUGGGCUCAUCGAUCUUGCUAUUAAGAACAACUGCCUGAUUGGCGGUGAUGAUUUCAAGAGUGGCCAGACCAAGAUGAAGUCUGUCCUGGUCGAUUUCCUUGUUGGUGCUGGAAUCAAGCCCACCUCAAUUGUCAGCUACAAUCAUCUGGGGAACAAUGAUGGGAUGAACCUAUCUGCACCGCAAACAUUCCGUUCCAAGGAGAUAUCGAAGAGCAAUGUGGUGGAUGACAUGGUCUCAAGCAAUGCUAUCCUCUACGAGCCUGGGGAGCAUCCUGAUCAUGUCGUCGUGAUCAAGUAUGUGCCAUACGUUGGAGACAGCAAGAGGGCCAUGGAUGAGUACACCUCGGAGAUCUUCAUGGGGGGCAAGAGCACCAUUGUGCUGCACAACACCUGCGAGGACUCGCUCCUCGCUGCACCGAUCAUUCUUGAUCUGGUGCUCCUGGCCGAGCUCAGCACUAGGAUUCAGCUGAAAGCCGAGGGAGAGGAUAAGUUCCACUCUUUCCAUCCGGUUGCUACUAUCCUGAGCUACCUCACCAAGGCGCCCCUUGUCCCCCCGGGCACACCAGUGGUGAACGCUCUGGCCAAGCAGAGGGCCAUGCUGGAAAACAUCAUGAGGGCCUGCGUCGGCCUGGCCCCUGAGAACAACAUGAUCCUGGAGUACAAGUGAAGGAGGAGGAGCAGGACGGAGGGCGCCGUGCGUGCGGAGCCGAGAGCAACCGUAGCAAGAGGCGCAUGGAUGGAAUGGGCACGAGGAAGUCGAGAUUACUAGUAGCUGUGGAAUCACUCAGCUUGUCUUGUGUUUCUUUGGCGAUUCUUUCCCUCGAUGUUAGUUGAUCACUACCCCCUCUGUGUUUUCGAGACUCUGUUCGGGCACGAAGCUUUCUUGGCUUGUAUUCCUCUGUUCUUAAGUUAAGUUAGUGUUGUUGGUACUUUCAGUUUACCGAUAGACUUAUUUCGAGCUCG